AAACCUUUCACCUGUGACCACUGUGAGAAGGGAUUCAAGAAAAAUCAACAUCUGAAGAUUCAUCAACGCAUCCACACUGGUGAGAGACCCUACACCUGUGACCAGUGUGAGAAGAAAUUCAAGCAACGUCAACAUCUGAAGAUUCAUCAACGCAUCCACACUGGUGAGAGACCCUACACCUGUGACCAGUGUGAGAAGAAAUUCAAGCAACGUCAACAUCUGAAGAUUCAUCAACGCAUCCACACUGGUGAGAGACCCUACACCUGUGACCACUGUGAGAAGAAAUUCAGGCAUAAGAACGUACUGAAACUUCAUCAACGCAUCCACACUGGUGAUAGACCCUACACCUGUGACCACUGUGAGAAGAAAUUCAGGCAGAAGAACGCACUGAAACUUCAUCAACGCAUCCACACUGGUGAGAGACCCUACACCUGUGACCACUGUGAGAAGAAAUUCAGGCAUAAGUACGUACUGAAACUUCAUCAACCCAUCCACACUGGUGAUAGACCCUACACCUGUGACCACUGUGAGAAGAAAUUCAGGCAGAAGAACGCACUGAAACUUCAUCAACGCAUCCACACUGGUGAGAGGCCCUACACCUGUGACCACUGUGAGAAGAAAUUCAGGCAGAAGAACGCACUGAAACUUCAUCAACGCAUCCACACUGGUGAGAGACCCUAC